GAUAAUUUGGGUAACCUUUGUGUCAUUGAUGAUAAAUACGAUGUUGAGAUUUCAAUUGCCUGUCCUGCAUUGAACAAUAUCGUAGUUGAUUCUAUUGAAGUUGGACAAACUUGUAUAGAAUACCUUAAAAAAAAAGAUUUAGAUUGCGCCAUGUUCAUUCUUUUGAAUGAACUGCCUACAAUUGUGUUACAAAACACUUUGGUUGCCCAAAAUCUGCAACAAGCGAAUAGGAUCGCAUUUACUAAUACUCGAUGGCGCGUAGCCACGUUAAAUGGUCAAUUGAUUGACAAAUCUGGCACUAUGAGCGGCGGAGGUAACCAAGUUUUUAAAGAUGACAUGAGUUCGAAAUUUUCUUCGGACAUAAUAUCCGAGACAAUAUCGAAAUUGGAAAACGACCGUAGCCACUUUGAAAUGCAGUGGAAAGAACUAAAUGAAAAGAUUAGAUCUUUAUAA